UCUCAUGACGUCACUUCCUCUUUUCCCUCCUUUCUCCGAGCUUCUGUCGACUGUGUGACACGCGUGUUUACACUCUCCCAGAUGAAGGAGUCGAUAAUGAACCAGGAGAAGCUCGCCAAACUGCAGGCGCAGGUCCGCAUAGGCGGCAAGGGGUCAGCCCGCAGAAAGAAGAAGGUUGUGCACAGAACAGCAACAGCAGACGACAAGAAGCUGCAGUUUUCUCUGAAGAAGCUGGGAGUCAACAACAUCUCUGGUAUUGAAGAGGUUAACAUGUUCACAAACCAGGGGACAGUGAUCCACUUCAACAACCCAAAAGUUCAAGCCUCCCUGGCUGCCAACACUUUUACAAUCACAGGACACGCUGAGAACAAACAGCUCACAGAGAUGCUCCCAGGAAUCCUAAACCAGCUUGGAGCCGAUAGUCUUACCAGCCUUAGGAGAUUAGCGGAGACUCUGCCCAAACCAGCCAGCGAGAACAAAGCCCCCAUGGUUGCUGCUGAAGAGGAGGAUGAUGAAGUUCCAGAUCUUGUCGAAAACUUUGAUGAGGCUUCAAAGAACGAGGCCAACUAAAAUAAAGAACACCAGCAAAUGUUUCAGAGUUCCUCUUUACUCACCAUAAUUUGGCACAGCCGCAUUUUAUUCAUCUGUUAUUGCUCUGCGGCUACAAAGAAAAGUUGCUUUUUAAUUGUAACUGUAACAAGUGGACAAAAAUCAACUUUUUUUUAAUAGAAACCGUUACGUACACUUCCAUCUUGCUAUGCAGUGCACGUAAUAUUAUUUAAUGCAGUGGAAUGUGCAAACCCUUCUCUUUCUGACGCUGCCUCUCCUGUGUUGUGAUGCCACACGUCAAAAAUGUUAUCAGUGGAAUAAUAAAGAUUACAGUUACAUUUCUCA